CAUCAAAUCCAGAUUAUGUAAUCACCUCCCACAUAUGAUUGGAAUAUUAUUGACUCUCUGGAACAAACUUUAUGUAAUCACAUAAACGAGAGAAAAACAGAGUGGUGAAUAACAACGACCUUCAAUUAUGAAGAAAAAGAAGUGCACCAAGGACUUGGUUAUACUAUGGUAUGGUACGAUACUGGUGAUUGAGGUUGACAGACGUAUGGCUGUGAGGAGAGUGUUCCUUUUGGCCAUCAGAAACCUCAAUAUUCACCAACAAGCUGAAAGCAAACCAGCGAAUGUGUUUACAUACUGGAAAUCUAUGCUGUUUUCUAUCAUUAUAUCUGUAUUUCCAUCAAUAUCUCUGCGUGGAGACUUUGAUGCCCUAGUGCGAAGAAAUGGUACUCUUCUUCAGGACAUCAUGCGAUUUGAGGCAAUGCGCUGUAAGUCCUUUAAUGGCAUGACAAUCGCAGUGUCAGCCCUGGAGUUAGCGAGACAAGGGUUCUAUGCGACAGGUAAUGAGGACGAGACAAGAUGCUUCAGCUGUGGCAUCAGACAUAGGCACUGGAGACAAGGGGACAAACCUGCCGAUGUGGGGCACAAGGCAUGGUGUAGAGAUGGCUUUCAUUGGAAUAUCCGAUUUGAAGAAAACCCUUUGCCCACGAAUUCUGAGAUGCAGACUCGCAACCAGCUUGCCUUCCCUACUGAUUUUGAUAUACAUCGCAGAAGACCGGACGCAUCGAGUAGUUCUCAUACAAAUCCUGCAGUUCGUCAGAACAAUCCUGUAGCAAGUGGAGUCGCAAAUACUAUCAGCAUGAACCAGGAUCCCCCUUCGACAAACAGAUUCUUAUGUCGUGGCAUCAAUAUCACUCAACCCACAGAACGUACAGGAGCAGGUUUUAUCUAUUCAGGUAACCGAGACUAUGUCCAGAGUCAUUCGUGUGGGAUGGAAUUGGGAAACCUGGAUAUAGAGUCUGUAAGAAGACAACAACUACACAUAGAGCUCAUGGUCACAAUCGCCAGCCAGGAAAUCGAUGAACGCCAGGACACUUUUCGCCUAAACUGUCAAGAGCAUGAACUGGUAGAGAUGUUCAGCAGAUGCCUUAAACUUGGCUUUAAUCAACAGGAAGUCGAACGUGCGGCGCUUCGAGUUCUGAAUAAAACAGGAACAUCAUCACCAACUUUAUUGCUUCUUCUUGAUGACUUGUUGAGGGAUAGAGGUUCUACAGUACAGUUUGGAGACAACGCAACAUGUAAAGUGUGUCGGAAGGACGCGGUCAACACCAUCUUUCUGCCUUGUGGACACAAGCUAACCUGCAGCAAAUGUGCCUCUGAAAUACAAGAUUGCUUGCAAAUUAGCUGCGGAGAAAGGAUAAGGGGCUACUUACAUUUCGAGUAGGCAUCCCCAUGGGCAUCAAUUGUGCUCCCCUUCUUGCGGAUCUGUUUCGUUAUGCAUAUGAAUCGGCAUUUCUGCUUGGGUUGACAAAAUCAACAUAAGCAAAACUUCUUGGCCAAAUGACUUUAAGAUUCAUGUGCACAUAUAUCGAUGAUUUUAUAUAGUUCAAUAAACAUCUAAGAGCCAUUUCCCUUCCACUGAUUACCUACCUGAACUUGAAAUUAAGGAGACAAGUGAGACCGCCUCGUAUUUAGAUCUAUGCAGACAGAUUCAGAGUGAUAAAAUCCUGUUCAUUCCUUUUCGAGAACACCUGGUAUCACCACUAUUGCAUAGUGAUUCAUGGACACAUGCUCUGUCAUCGUAUCGCAUGGCAACAAUCACUGGAUAGUCUGGCCCAGGCUAGAUUUGUUUACAAAGAACAUUGUACAGCUGCAAUACUGGGGAAAAACAAACAUAUUCUCAUGAUAUAGUCACAAUUGUAUAUGGAAAGCGUUUUGUCGCUUAUAGUGUGCAAAAUAUCAUUUGUCUCUGUCGUCCUUAUGCUCAGUAUCAGUGGUAUCAAGUGCUUGAAAAUACCUAAGCAUAGCUAUGUGCAUACUUCUGUUCAAGUACUUGUACACGGUGACAAACAAGUAAAUGGUAAACAAAUUUGA